CAGAAAACCAACCAAAUCGUUCCCCGUCGUCGUUCCUCCAUUCCGCCGCCGAUCAGUUCAACAUUUUCCGGCUACUUCUUCCGGUUCGGUUUGAUCUUCUCUAUUAGAUCUUGAUCAAUAUUGGAUUGGAACACUACUUGUGUAGAAGCUGGUGAACUCCGAAAUGGAGUCCAUACUGGCGCGAGCAUUAGAAUAUACGCUUAAGUACUGGCUCAAAUCGUUUACUAGAGAUCAGUUCAAACUUCAGGGCCGAACUGCUCAGUUGUCUAAUUUGGAUAUAGAUGGAGAUGUAUUGCAUGCCACUAUCGGAUUACCACCUGCUUUGAGUGUUACUACUGCGAAAGUAGGGAAAUUGGAGAUAACGCUCCCAUCUGUAAGCAAUGUACAAAUAGAACCCAUCCUUGUGGAGAUUGAUAGACUUGAUUUGGUUCUGAAAGAGAAUGAUGACUUUGAUGCAUGUAGAAACACAAGUAGUGCAACAUCAUCCACCAAUUCUGGAAAGGGAAGUGGUUACGGAUUUGCUGAUAAGAUUGCAGAUGGAAUGACAGUGCAAGUUCGCACUGUUAAUUUACUUAUUGAAACGCAUGGAGGUGCACGUAAAAAGGGAGAAACUAUAUGGAUGUCACCUAUGGCGGCUAUUACCAUGCGCAACCUUUCACUUUAUACAACAGAUGCGAAUUGGAAUGUCGUCAAUCUGAAAGAAGCAAGGGAUUUCUCAAAUAACAAGAAAUAUAUAUACUUAUUCAAGAAACUUGAGUGGGAGUCUUUAUCCAUCGACCUUUUGCCUCAUCCUGACAUGUUUGCGGUUGCGGACUCUCGAAGUGGCUCCAAUAAGAAAGAUGAUGAUGGUGCAAAGCGAAUGUUUUUCGGUGGUGAAAGAUUUAUUGAAGGAAUAUCUGGACAAGCUCAUAUUACUGUGCAAAGGACAGAACUAAACAGUCCACUGGGACUUGAGGUUCAGUUGCAUAUUCCUGAAGCUGUCUGUCCUGCUUUAAGUGAACCAGGAUUACGAGCUGUUCUCCGCUUUCUGACUGGAUUAUAUAUCUGUCUAAACAGAGGAGAUGUAAAUCCAAAUGACCAACGGUGCGCUACAGAGGCAGCAGGGCGUUCUUUAGUGUCUAUCAUUGUUGAUCACAUAUUUCUUCGCAUUAAGGAUGCUGAGUUCAAGAUUGAGCUACUGAUGCAAUCACUUUUCUUUUCUCGGGCAUGUGUUUCUGAUGGAGAAUCUGCCAAUUACUUGACUCGCGUGAGGAUAGGUGGACUCUUUCUGAGUGAUACAUUUUCACGCCCUCCAUGCACUCUGGUCGAACCAUCUGUGCAACAUGUGCCGGGAAGCUUUCUGCAGAUUCCAGAAUUCGCUAAAAGCUUUUGUCCUCCAAUAUAUCCACUGGAUGAUCAGCUAGGGCAAUUACAUGAUGAUGUUCCUUUAAUAUCUCUCCAUUCUCUUCGAAUCCAGCCUUCCCCAGUACCACCAUCUAUUUCUUCUCAGACUACUGUUGAUUGCCAGCCACUCACUAUUCAUCUUCAAGAAGAAUCCUGCUUGAGGAUAUGUUCCUUGCUUGCUGAUGGAAUUGUGGUCAAUCCUGGUGCUGUUUUACCUGAUUUUUCAGUUAAUACUGUCAUGUUCUUUCUGAAGGGGUUAGAUGUAAAUGUUCCUCUGAAUGUGGGAACAAAACAUUCUUCUAGCAACUUUGACAGUUCUCUAGGAAGCAGCUUUGCUGGUGCUAGACUUCGUAUGGAGGAUGUGUUACUCUCAGAAUCACCUUUCCUAAAACUCAAUCUACUGAACCUGGAGAAGGAUCCUGCUUGCUUCUGUCUUUGGAACAGCCAACCUGUUGAUGCUAGCCAGAAGAAGUGGACAGCAAAGGCCUCUUUGAUAACUUUGUCUCUAGAUUUGAGUGACCAGCCGUCUGCUGUACAUAGUUCUAAGUCACCUUCUAGUUUUUUGAGAUGUGUUGAGCUGAAAGAUGCUUGUACCGAGGUAGCUAUGGUUACAGCUGAUGGAAGCCCAUUAAUUAAUAUUCCUCCUCCGGGUGGAAUUGUUAGAGUUGGCGUUGCCUGCAAACAUUAUAAUUCCAACACUUCCAUUGAGCAGUUAUUUUUUGUGCUAGAUCUCUGUGCAUAUUUUGGUAGUGUCAGUGAGAAGAUUGCUGUCAUUGGAAAACAACAUAGUGUACCGAAGAAUACAACAAAUGUAUCAGUUGGUGAAAGUAUACUGGAAAAGGUUCCUAGUGACACUGCUGUUAGUUUAGCAGUUAAAGGCCUCCAGUUAAGAUUCCUAGAAUUUUCUUCGAAUGACAUGCAGGGACUGCCUCUUGUUCAAUUUGUUGGAGAAGAUCUAUUCGUUAAAGUUGCUCAUAGAACCCUUGGUGGUGCAAUGGCUGUUUCGUCAGUUAUAAAAUGGAACAGUAUUGAGGUGGAUUGUGCAGAUACUGGGGGAAAUUCAGUAUAUGAAAAUGGGACCAUCUUAUCAUCCGAGGGAAAUGAUGAUGUAAUGACUGUUAAUGGUCAUCAUCAACUAAGACCUGUCUUCUGGGUGCAUAAAAAUAGGAACAAAACCCCGACACAACCAUUUUUAGAUAUAAUAAUGGAUCAUGUGAUUCCAUUUGAUGCAAGUGAUAUAGAGUGUCAUAGUUUAAGUUUGUCUGCCUGUAUUGCUGGUAUUCGGCUUGGGGGAGGAAUGAACUAUGCUGAAGCACUAUUACAUCGUUUCGGAAUACUGGGGUCAGAUGGUGGUCCUGGUGAGGGGCUUUCUAGAGGACUAGAGAGAUUGUCUCUAAGUCCACUGUCAAAACUUUUCAAAGCUUCACCCAUGAUUGCUAAUGAGCCAACACGGAGAAAUGCAAAUGAUGAUUCGACAGACACAGACAGUGGUUUCUUGAGCCUGGGUGCCCCAGAUGACGUGGAUGUAUGUAUAGAAUUUAGAGAUUGGUUAUUUGCCCUUGAAGGUGCACAAGACACACCAAGGGUUAUUAUUACAGAAAUUGAGGGUUCUGUCAGGGAAGAGUUAUGCUGGCACACAACUUUCAGAAGUUUACUAGUAAAAGCAAAUAGUAGCCCAAAGCAUGUUGUGGAUGGAAAAGAGAAGAAAUCAUACAGACCAAAGAAAUAUCCUAUUGAAUUAAUCACUGUGGGUGUGGAAGGCUUAGAGAUCUUAAAGCCUCAGGCUCUAAAUCUGAUUCUGGAAGAUGGAAUACCUUCUGGGCUUAAAGGGAGUUCUGAAACACACGGUGGCAUAAAUUUGGAGGCCAGAGUGGUGAUAUCUGGAGAAGAGGGCCUCAUUGAUAACAUGUCUGAAUGGGGAGUUGAGCACUUGAGAUUCUCUGUUCAUCAGCCGAUUGAGGCAGUUGUGACAAAGGACGAGCUUCAACAUCUAGCACUCCUUUGUACGUCUGAGGUCGAUUCUAUGGGUAGAAUAGUAGCCGGUGUCCUGCGGGUUCUGAAGCUGGAGAAGUCCUUCGGUCCUGCAGCUAUAACUCAACUAACAAAUCUUGGGAGUGAAAGCUUUGAUAGAAUUUUCACUCCGAAAAAGGUUGUUACUGGUUGGAGUCCAUAUUCAACCGUUAAUGGUGUAAGUCUUCACCCAAGCUUAGAGUCAACUGUGAACUCACUUGAAGAGAUGCUGUAUGAUUCUCAGGCUAAGUGUGAUGCUCUUAAAGAAGCUGAAUCUUCUUCUACUCAACACCUUGCAGAUAUUAAACAACUAAGCGACAAAUUGGAAAAUAUGCAGAAUGUAUUAGCCCGAUUGCGAACUCAACUUUGAGUUCAUUUUUUGUCAUUCUUCUUCUUCUUCUUCUUCUUCUUCUUCUUCUUCUCAAUUUAUGGCUCAACUAGUUGCCAAUAUUCUUUAUUGUAUAUAUAAAGAAAUACAAACAUAUAUACAUGGUGGCAGUAAUAUGCAUACCAUUUUGUGAUUUGUGGCCUAACAGAGAUAGGUUUGAGAGUGAAAGUUUUGUUAUAAGAAACCUCUUGUACCCAUUUUGUGAUUUGUGUCAUAUUUCAAUCCAUUUUGUGUUUGAUGGUA